AUGCUCUCUGAACCUUUGAACAACUGCAACACGCCGGCGGCUGCGCUGCUCCUCUCGGGACGGCCGCCAGACCCCCCUCCUUCGCCUUCCUUGUCUCCGUCUAAGUCAGUGAAAAAUCCGCAAGGGAUGGCCCUCUUGAGUUACAAAUCAGCACUGGCAGGAUCACUGGGGCAAUCUCCGUCCAAAACCCAGGCGUGGAAAUUCAUCGGUGAACAUGACCUGCAGGUUGGCCUUUAUCAGGGAGAGCCGGAACUAAAAGUUUCACCACAGCUUAAGGAACGCCUCUGUAUUCCUUGGAAACGCACUCUGGUAGCUCGUCUUCUGGGCCGGACUAUCUCCUACCAAUACCUGUGUUCGCAGCUACGCUGGAAGUGGAAGCCUAGCGGGAAGAUGGAGAUCCUCGACCUGAACAACUCCACCUUUCUGGUCAAUUUCAGUGAGGAGAAAGACUACCUCAAUGCGCUCACUGGCGGGCCUUGGGUGAUCUUAGAUCACUACUUAGUUGUCCAUCAAUGGUCGUACACCUUCCGCACAUCAGAUAAACCUCAUCGAUCGGUGGUAGCUUGGGUCCAGUUACCAGAGCUUCCGAUCCAUUUCUACCAUAGGGAAGUACUCUUCGCGUUGGGAAAUCUGUUGGGAAGAACGGUGAAGCUCGAUUAUCAUACAGAGCAUAUGGAGCGAGGCAAGUUUGCUCGGAUUGCCGUUGAACUGGACAUGAACAAGCCCUUGAAAACUCGCAUUCGGCUCGAUGGCUUUUGGCAACAGGUGGUGUAUGAGAAUCUACCGGAGAUUUGCUUCGAAUGCGGCCACAUCGGACACACUGAAUUGACUUGCCCCACGCUGAUACAGCCGCCGACGGCUGAGCCACAAAUUCAAGCGAUUAAUCAGGAGUCACCGCCGGAAAACUCGUCGGCAGAACCGCCGGCAGGCUACAGUCCUUGGAUGCAGGUAGAGAGGAAAUCUCGCAAACAAACAAGGAAAGCCCCGAACAAUCAAGGCGCCUCUCAAGGCAAUCUAACGGGCAAAACCGGUGGUCAAGGUAAAUUAUCUCCUAAAAUGGGGAAGAAUGAGCUAAGCGGGGGCAACAAAAUCGUGGAAGCUAAGGAAAAGAAAGGAAAGUCGGAACAGAAAGGGGAACUGAAGAAAGGAAAGGGUAUCUCGCAGAAGGGGAAAGGAGAGGAGGUGAUAGAUAAAGUGUCCAAGGAGAUGCAAAAAAUGGGCCCUUCUCAAGCCUGGCGGAUUGUUGGGCCCAAAGCUAUAGAGAAUCAGGCUUCUUCAUCUCAGCCCACAUGGACAGCAAUUUUGGACCAAACAAUGGAAGACCAAUCUGUAGAGAGGCCCACCGAAGCUGACCCGGAUCACUCACUGACUAUUGCAUCGGACAAGCCCAUCCUCUCUUGCGCUGUUGCCCCGUCGGUGUCACCUGCCAAGGAAUCCCGGGAAAGCUUCUCGAUCAGAGAACAUUUCAGAAAGAAAUCAAUGGAAGCUAGCUCCCCAGCGAAUAUCAAGAAGGGCAAUAGCCUCCGGGUAUCGAAGUCAAGCCACUGCGUGAACUCGAGCGCGCGGGAUGGCAUAAGACCGCAUCAUAAGAAGAAACCCCAGAACCAUCCAAAAUCGGUGGAAGAGCUCCUGGACCAACUUCAAGCGAUUCCAAUUCCGGGCGAAGGCGACGCGAAUUACAAAGGGGUCGAUGAACAAAUGUCAGAAAACCCAAAUCCCCAACAUAGCGAAGCGAAGGAGGGACAGAUUCCGGCUGUGGCGCUGCAGGAGACAGUAAUGGCUCCGGCGGCGGCUGCAAUUAUUUGA